AUGCAGAUUUUGUGGUUUUGUCUCGCAGAAUUCGAUGAGGUUACGAAGAGCGGCCUCGUGGUCGUUGAUUUCUUUGCAACGUGGUGUGGGCCUUGCAAAAUGAUUAAACCCUUCUUGGAGGAGAAGAGCAACUCCAUGACGCACAUCACCUUCUGCGCUGUGGACGUCGAUGAAAACCCCGAGUUAUGCGAGCGCGAAGAAGUGCAGGCAAUGCCUACAUUUAAAUUAUAUAAAGACGGCAAGACAGUGCAGACGAUUGUGGGGGUCCGAAAGACAGAGUUAGAGCAGGCGAUAGAAAAUCUAAAGUAA